AAAGAAGCAGUGCACAUGCUCAGAGAUGCUUUUUCUUGUUCUGUUGGCAGUUUGCAGCGGCCAUGUCAAAGAGACCAUCACAAAGACAAGAGAAAUCAGGAGGAAGCACCAAUUAGCAGGAUGCUGACACCUUACCUCCUAAGAAGAGUGGUCUUCAUGGUUCCUUUGAUUUUUGUAGUUGCGCUGCUCACCAUGGAGCCCAUUAAAGCCAACCAAGAAGCAGGAACCACAAUCCCAGCUGAAAGUCGCCCCUGUGUUGACUGCCAUGCAUUUGAAUUCAUGCAGAGGGCCUUGCAGGAUUUAAAGAAGACUGCGUAUAAUCUAGACACACGGACAGAAACACUGCUUCUUCAAGUGGAAAAGAGAACUCUGUGUGACUGUGUAACUGCCGACACGCUGAACUGAACACUGGAGAAGAGCCAAAGAGUGUCACCUGUUCAGCUGGUUUUAAAAAUGCUGCUGGAUGUAAUACGGACAGCUGUGUGGAGUACAUAUUGCAAGCAUGUAAGCCCCAGUGUAGUGAGGCAAGCAGGUGGGGAGUUUCUUUAUGAGAUGGUGGGGUGGACUGCGGUUGUCUGUCUUAUGCUUGUUUUCUCCAGUAGGAAGAUGCUACUAUUGUGGCUUGACUGAUUGAUCAUAUCAAGACAGAACAUUGCAUGCUGGAAUCUGUAGUCUCUGCAGGCUGUAUCGCCAUAUUAAAAGUAAUGGUAGCUGCAAUCCAUUCUGUUUAUUUAUAAUGCAAAUUUGGACCAAAUUCAGCCAAUUUGUAACUGUGGAUUUCAAUGGUGUUACUACACCUGCUUAUAUCUGGACUGAAUUUGGCCCUAAACAGGACUCCUUGGUCUCCUGGGAAGCUGUCGAGUUGGUUGGAGGAAAUGUAGGUAUCCUUGAAUUAAAUCAUACACUGUCACUACCCACUUAGCGCUCCCACUGUAUGCCAGCACAUGUAAAAAUAGCUAUUGUUUUACCAAUCUAAAUGCAUGUUGUGUACAAAGGGAAAAGGAGAAUAAAACUACUAGAAAAACAGGUAAUCCCACACCCAAAGGUACCUUGUUUCUGUUUGAAUGAGAUCUUGACAAUAGGCUAACCUAAAAGUUCAGUGUGACUAGGGGAAGGAGGAAUCAAAUUUUCAUUCACUAUCACUGUGCAGUGUAGCUUUUGUUUGAGAAAGUACAUCCACCAUAGGAAUGUACAUGGCACUCAGAUGUCAUUGAGCUAGUUAGUGGUGUCACAAAGCAACACACUAUUGAACAAGUCAACUUUUGUACACAUCAAAAAUAUCUUCUAAGUUCUCCACAGAGUCAGUGCUCAUGCACCACGGGAGCCCUGUUUUCUUUGCCCUCUGCAAACCUGUGUAUGUAUUGUAAGUAUGAAAAGGGGAAGAAGUGAAAGCAUUAGAAAUUACUGAGUUAUGUUUAGAGAGACAAGAUGUAGAGAGACAAGGAGGGUGAGGUAAUAUCUUUUAUUGGACCCACUUCUGUUGGUAGAGAGACAAGCCUUCGAGCUACCCAGAGCUCUUCUUCAGGUCUGGGAAAGGUAGAAUGUCACAGCUAGUUGAGCAUAAGUAGUUAGCACAUGGUCUAAGGGACCAUUCAAGGUGAAGUGGCCUGUUUAACCCCUCCUGAAAGAAACCUUACCUGAAUCCCUGUUUCUGGCCCCCCAACCUCUCCAAGCCCAUCACUAGAAGCAAGCUUUAUUUAUUUAGCUUCUUUUCUUUCAAUCCCUCCUUAAAACUCACUCCUGCUGCCAGGCCUCCUACAAGAAGUAAGUUAAUUAAUCCAAAAGUUCCCAAACAACUAAACUCUCACCCCCCUUUUUAGUACAUUAACAGAACCAUCAGGGCAUGCAUAUAAUCUUAUUACUAUAAGCUUUGUCCUUCCUCACCCCUUCCCUGCAUUGUGUAUUAGCCCUGGCUGUGUCACUAUAAAAUUAAAUUAGAAGCUCUUUGAGGCAGAGCUUUUGUCUUAUUUGUACUGAAAGUGCCCAGUACACUUUGCGGUGAUGUAAACAUAUACACUAAGCAUCACCAUGUUUAUCUGUUGCUCUAGUUUCAUGUUCAACAUUUAUUUGAUAACAUACAUACACAAAAAUGGACCUAUGUCUCCAAUUGAAUAUAACAUAAUCCACCUAAACUAAUACCCUUUCCCCAUCAUCCAUGGAGAUGCUCAGUAUCUAUAUUAUGACUUUGUCUUUCUCACAGUCACUCCACGGGAGUGGAGAACAGCAGAGAUAGGGGCUCAGAGGUCUUUUGAAAGAAUUGAGUUUUAAGAAGUGAUCUGACAGAGAUGAGGGUGGAAGCAUAUCAGACCAGGUCAGAGGAAUUCCAAAUGUUGGGGGCCAUGAAGAAGAAAAAGACACAAAGAUCUGAAAACACUUCACUUCUUUAUGUAAUCAGUCCCCCUCUGCAAGUAUUUACUAGUGGUCAAAGACAUGCAGCCAUAGUGGGGUAAGGAAACAUCCCAAAAUAAAAAUGUUAUUUUAAAACUAUUAUUCAUUCUGAACUGUGGAGCAGGGACUAUAGUAAAUGUAUGUAAUAAACACCCAGGCAAAGGACUGUUUUCUGCAACUGGUCCAAUAUCUCCUGAUGUCACUCUCUGAUUGCUGCGGUGAACAAUGAACUUGCUGACUUCCACCAUGUCAGUAUGUCUGCAUGAGCCUUGAGUGCAAGCUGCUUUUUGAAUCAAGGCACCUGAUACUACCCUCUGAGUCUCACUUAAGUAGCCAGUCGGUGGUUAAAACCAUGUUACAUUCUUAUUGUUUUGUCAAUAAAAUCUGAAAAUGGAACUGUGCUGAAAACUCAGAGUUUAUACAGCUGUUCUUUUUUGAGUUACAAAAUCAGCUUGCAGGAGUGCUGACUUUUGCUGUUGCAUAGGGUUAGUGGGAUAUGCAUUUCAAGAGAGGCCUGCAUUAAAGUUAUUUUCUUUGAAGGACCUGAAUGUUUUGUGUUCUUGCCUGUACAUUACACUGAUUGUCUCUGCACUGGCAAAGACUACUGCAGCUAGGGGCUGUACUCUAUUAAUGAUCAUUUGAUGUCUAAGCAUUAUAGUUCAUGUUAUUUUUAAUGUAAUAACUUCAACCUGUAAAAUUGAAUACAGUAGCUGGUUUUGAGACGGG